CCGGUCCUCGGACAAGGAUAAAAAGAAAAAAAGUACAUGUUUAUUGACCCUUUGUGAUCUUGAAGACGAUAUAUAUUCAGUGUUUGAAAAAUCUGUAACUGCGCAAGCUAACGAUGAGAUAAAUUAGUUCAAAGUUUCACAUUAUUGCUACACUUUCCCUCUCCUUCUUAUCUCCCCCGUGCUAUAUACUCACUCAGUUCAUUAAAUUGUAAUGAUAGGAAGCAUAUUUUAAAGUUUCAACUUACCUGUAGAUAAAGUUAGCAGGGCGUGGUAGCCUCAGUAUUUUUUCCCUUUUUUUAACAUUGCACUCCGUGCUAUUUUUUGUACUCGCUAAAGAUAAAAGCCUACACAGUGGCUUGCAAUGUUUCGCCCUUUGAGAGCGUGCCGUGCAAUUUUAAGCGUGGCUUUGGUGGUAUUAUUUUUCAAAACCUUGAACCUGAUUCUAUUACCAAACAAAUUGUCCGUCAUCUGGCGCCUGAAAAACGAUUUAGUUCAAACACAGAGAAGAAAUCACAUUAUCAGUUCCACCGACGCCACUUGGCAGCCGGUUUUUGGUUCAAGGUAUAAAUUUUACGUUUACUCGGCCUUCGUGGAAUCCCGGACCUUGGAGAUGAUGCCGUUCUUGAAGCCGCCUGCCGUGCGAGUCAUUGGCGUGGCUAGACUGAGAAGGCCAGAAAUUUUGGAGAACGCAUUUUGCCGCUUUUGGUUCGCUGACCGAGAGAACAAAAUCACCGCGACCAACAGCAAGGAGUUCCUAGCAAAGGCAGCAACGGUCCCGAUCAGAGAGCACUGGGACAUGGACUACUCGGCAUGCUUCAUUUUCUGCCCGAUAGCCAACAAAUCCCGAGUGCCUGAAGCAGUGUCCCUGUACGCGGGCGAAAAUAUUGAGACGUUCAUAAAAGGCGACUCGAGCUUUCUGCCAGAAGCCGGAAACACGCUUUCGAUAAACAAGCCGCGCGCUGAAAAGAGGGCGGAGGGAAUCGCGGCGUGCGUGAAGCCACUCUACUCGAAAUUUGUACAGGCUUGGAGUCUGGUAGAGUGGAUUGAAUUGAACCGGAUCAUGGGGGUUUCUCGCUUCCACUUUUACCACCACGAGUCGAGCGAGGGUCUUAAGUGCGUACUCGACGAAUACGUGCGGAUCGGCGUGGCGACGCUGCUCGACUGGAACCUUCCUCUGGUGUCACAAGUUGAGGUGCGCACGGAAAACAUGUUUUCAUCGCUGAACGACUGCCUGUACCGACACAUGUUCAGCCACAAAUACGUUGCGUUCAUCGACAUUGACGAAUACGUUGUGGUCAAGAAGAACGAGAGCCUGAUGGGGCUGCUGCGCCGGUUGGAAGUGGACAACAUCGACGUCGCCUCCUUCGUAUUUCGCAACGCGUUUUUCUACUUGCAGUGGGCCGAUGACCCAGCCUACGAAGGACUCGACCUGGUGACGCUAAAGAAGACAAAGAGAAUCGCCGCGAUGAACGAUGCCAAGAACCGGAGCAAGUAUAUUUGCAGGCCCGAGAUGGUGUCCGAGGUUGGCAACCACUUCCUGUGGGAGAUGGCCAAGAAGAGGUUUUCGCAGGCCAUCGUCCACCCAAAUACAGCCAGCCUGCAUCACUACAGGAACUGCGAAUUCGGAGAAGAAAAAUGCGUGGGCACAGAGUCCGUGCGGGACACGGCCUUGUGGGCUCACCGCGAAGAGCUGCAUGCGCGAGUUCAAGAAAUUGAAGCGGUUCUAGUCCAAAAAUGCCAUCUCGAACCUUUGAGAAAGAUUAAAAUUAGAAGAUUUUCUUAAAAGCAGAACGACCAAACAAUAUUUUUGGUUUCUCUGCUUAUAUUUAUUUUAUUGUAAUAUGUAACUAUUAGCAAUAAUAAAAAAUAACAUAUAUUUUGCUUUACACGUA